AUAAAACUGCUGUGUGCCAGAGAUGUUUUAUUCCCUGCAGAGAAGACACACAAAAUAAGGACAGACUGGCUCCAGAGGGGGUGGUGACACGAAGAAUGAAGCUGCUGUGUGCCAGAGAUGUUUUAUUCCCUGCAGAGAAGACACACAAAAUAAGAGGCAGGAUGAUCCCCUGGAUCCUGAUGCUCUUCAUCCUGACCCCCUGUGUCUGUGCAGGAACAUUAGUUGUCAAUGUGAAGCAGCCCAGCUAUCAGGCAAAGGUUGACGGCAACAUCACUCUGGAAUGGACCUUCACAGCUGAAACCCAGAGACCCUUCAACGAUCUCUCUAUCAUCUGUGAUCAGACGGUCAACCGGAGAGACUCAAAGAUCCUGUAUCACCUGCACAAGGGCAUCGAGGUCCAAAGGUCUCAGGAUCAACAGUUUUCAGGACGAGUCCAGUGUGAUGAAGACUUCCUCAGAGACGGACGCCUCAGACUUCAUGUGUCCAGAAUCAGGAGUGAAGACUCAGGCCAGUACGUGUGUGAAGUCAACAGGGAUCAUGAUGGAAACUAUGGGAAAUGUCAACUCGUCGUCAUCAAGCCCGCUGAUCAGCCCACAACCCGGAGACCAGACGUGACUUCACAACCAGAGGGAAAGAUGGGACUGUACUUCCCUCCGUUAGUGGCUGCAGCUGUUCUGGUUCUAGUUCUGGUUCUAGUUCUCACAGCAGUUGGGAUUACAGCAGCUCUACUGGUCAAACGCCGCUCUGCUUCUAAAACAUCUAUUAGUAAGACAGAAGAGCUCCUAGCGAGAGAAAAGCUCGGUCACCCAGAGUAUGGACUUCUCUCUGACUCUACGUCUCUUCACCCUGUUGCUCCGUGAUCCUGCUCAGGCCUCCUCCCACAAUGGGUUGGAUAAAACCAGUAGAAGGGUCCGAAUCAACAGGAGAGUUCAGACUCAUAGUAGCAGCUUGGAGAACCACAGGGUGACCGAUGAAUUAACUAACUUAAAUCUAGGAUUUAAAGGAAGAAAUAAACAUUAACACUACAGUGAUUACUAAAUCAAAAACAAUAUGAAGGCUACAUAAUAUAAUAAAUAUAAUAAUAUAUAGUAAUAUAAUAAAUAGUUUAAUAAAAUCUAUUAUUUUCAACAGCAGGAUUUCCUGAAAGGAUGAAAACAGACAAAGUGAUUUCACUUUAUAAACCUGCAGAUAAACCACAGACCAGUAUCCUUGCUUCCACAAUUAAAAAAAAUAUUACAGAAAAUAUUUACCCAGGUUUGACCAAUUCAUAGAUGGAUACAUUAUUUUAACUAGUAGUCAAUAUAGUUACCGGUGAUAAAAUGUAUUGGCUGUAAUUAAAAGUGGGAGUGUCCGCGGCACAGGACGCCCUGAAAUCUACACAUCCAAUUACAGAGCAGCCUGAGGUCACGUGGUUGUCAAAAGUAUCAGGACCCAAAUUCACUUUGGUUCAGCCGGCGUCCUGCACCAGGUAAUCUGUACGUACAGAAACUAACCAAAUACAAUAUGAAAACAACUUAUGUUAAAGGCUCACAGGUUCUUACUGUCUACCAAGAAAACUGUACGAAUAAGCUAAUAUUAUAAAAUUGAACUAUGUUAAUAUAGUUUUUUUGUCUCAGGAUGUUGGAGGGGGCGGUGCCCCAGUGCCCCGUAUGAACCAGCUGCCACUGGAUCAUAUGAUAAUUAGCAAACAUGGCAUCAGAGGGGUGGCAGAUCAUACUGUAGAGGGAUUGUUCACCCAAAAAGGAUAAUUCACUCAUUAUCUACUCACCACUAGGGGGGGUGAAGUGUUUGAGUCCACAACACAUUUCUGGAGUAAAUAGAGAAGCAGCUGAAGAUAUUGGAGACUUUUCUUCAGACGUGAUAGAACAACAGAAAAACAGAAAAGUGUCCGUAAACCCUGACGUUCAAAUUCGACACGAAACUUGGUCGUUUACACCGAGUUUUAAUCCUAAAAGUUCAACACAAGUGUUGACUGACUUCACCUGGAAGACACCAGAGGACAUUUAGGAUAAAACAAAGUGUAGACGACACCGUUUCAAAUUUUUGGGUGAACUAUCCCUUUAGAGCAUGACACACUUGUCCCUCAUGUUACAAACUGUUUCUUCUAAUACGUGUUGAAAAGAUCUUUAUUUUGUUGAUGUGUUCAGUUACAUGCAGCAUCUUUUGCACUAAGUGACUCUUACUGAGGUUUCUAAGUAUCUUUCCUCUGUUAACUGUUAGUUUGACUCUUGUUGAGGGUUAAGAACAGAGUAAGUCACACCUCGUUAAGCCCUAUGAGCCGAACUGUGAUUUUUGAAUAUGGGCCAUACAAAUACAACUUGAUUGAUUGACUGAUUGAAUAUUGAAAAGAAAGUUUGUGGAAAUAAACAUCAUAAAAUCUAAAAUGCAGUUAGUAUAUUAAUGAUCUUGUCUACGUAUCCAAACUGUUAAAGUGUAUUCUGUUUGUGAAUGACACUAUUUUAUUUUACUAAGGGAAAGACUCAACACACCUCCUUGAAAAGGUUGAAAAAGAAUUUGACAAAAUUGAAUAAUGGUUAAAUAUAAAUAAAUGAUCAAUGAAUCUUGAGAAAACAAUCUUUAGGAGUUAGUUACCGAGUUAGUUACUAACUUGACUUAAGGUAUUGACAUUUGUAGAGUAAAGGAAACUGAGUUUAUAUACCUUGAAAAAAAUGAUGUAGCACUUAAAUGGCACUAACUUCUAGCACUUUGCAGUUUGGCUUUCUUUAAAAAAUAUGUUCUUUCUUGAUUCUUGUUGUUUGUUCCCUCAGGGUCGAUGCACUUAUUGUGAGUCGCUUUGGAUAAAAGCUUCAACUAAAUGAAAUGUAACUACUUCACUAAAUGUACCUGAGAUUCUAGGUGUUAUGAUAUAACGGUAAAAUAACAUUUGAAUUACCCAAAGGUUAAAAUAUCUAAAACAUUGUUUGUUUUUCAUAAAGCUCAACAUUUACUCAUGUUAAAGCUUAAGAAUGCUUUAUUUUGCAUUUAAAAUGAAUAAACAUUCCUUCAGUUCA